AAGCUCCUCCGCUCGGUUUGUAGAAGUUUGAACGAGCACAUGAUAAUCCCGGAGCGGAGUGAAGUUCUGGACAUUGAUACCACCCAUUUACAUGUUACGGCUACUGGGAAAGAGCAGGCCAGUGUUCGGAUCACCACGAAUGAAGGAGACGAGUUUCUAUUUCCCAAGUAA